AUGUCUCGCCCCAGGCCUCCUUCCGAAGCCUUGGUUUCAUCUGUUCAACAUAUUGUUCCUCCUCCUUUGGAGUUAGUAACCCAAUACCAUCCUAUUGAAAUGUUUAACCGUUACCAAGUCCUUGGUAACAUUCCUAAACCUAGCUACACUUCUGCUUUGGCUACUGAUCAUUUUGCUUCUUCCAGCCAAGCAGUUACUCCAUAUCCUCCUAAUCUAAUUAAAAUUGCCCGUUCUGAUUAUGUUAAAUCAACCACUACUAAUCUGUUCUUCAAAGAACCCAGUCACCCAAAGAGUCAGUCUGUUAAUGACUUGGUUAAAUCUUAUUUUCCUCCUGGAUGGCAUUUUGUUCCCAUGCAUCCAGCAAAAACCAUUACUUUCUAUAGAGACAUCCUAUUCAACCACCAAUCAAUUGUGAUUAAACCUAUCUAUGACCGCACUUACACUAGUAAAGUUGUCUACCACUCCCUUUACAUUCAUAAUAUUGUUUCCCUAGCUGAAUGGGGUCCUCCUUCCCAACUUCGAGAAUUGCCUAAUAACUCUCUUCAGUAUAGUUAUUAUGACUAUAUUGAUGCCUGGAUACAUACGGUUAAAUGGUGGGAUAAUUACAAAAUUCCUCGCAUUGCUGAACUUGUUCAAACUGAGUUCCCGGUUAAUAUUCAUGCUCCUACACUUGCUAUGGUUAAAGCUCGGCAGAACCCAACUGCUUCAAAUUCCCCAAGAAGCCCACUUCCUACUGUUAAUCUUGGAAGCCCAACUUCUAGUUCUUCCAAGCCCAAGUCAUCCAAGUUAAAGGCUAAAUCAAAGGAUAAAUCAUCAUCUGCUAAGCCCAGCUCUGCUCAGCCCCAAUCAAAGGAUAAAGCAAAGCCCAUAUCUGCUAAAGCAAAGUCUAAGAUUAAAUCUUCAACUCCUGUAUCUCCUGCUAAGCCCAAGGUUAAUUCCAAGUCAUCCAGAGAUGAGCUUCUCGAGAUGGCCCGUGUGCUUGUUGAACAGGCUAAUGCCCAAUCAGAUCCGGAUAAUUCGACUAAUUCCGAUAAUUCAGAAGAAGGUUCAGACAGUUCACAUUCUUCUGAAGGUUCAGACAGUUCACAUUCUUCUGAAGGUUCAGACAGUUCACAUUCUUCUGAAGGUUCAACCACUGGUUCAACUACUUAA